CGCACUCACCCAGUCUUUCAUGCCUCAAAGCUUGCACCUUUCGCUGAGACUGAUCAAUUCCCUUCCAGGAGAUCAAUGCUGCCCCCAACCAUGGAUGGACAAGUCGACAUCGACGAUAUUGUGGAUCACAGGGAUAUGCAUGUUCCGAAGCCGCUGGGUCGAGGAAGACCUCCUAAACCCAAGAGGGAGUACCGGAUCAGAUUCAGGCAUCAUACGGAUCCGAAAGAAGAUCGGUGGUUUACCCGGGAGGAACUGAUGGAAACAGCUCCUCAGGUGGUGGCAGAUUAUGAACGGAAGCUAAAAAGGGAAGGCACCUGCGAAGCUGCAGAUGAGCUUCGACUGGCAAUUGGCCGGCUAGAGGAAAAAGUAAGGCAGCUCCGGGCUGUGCAGAAGCGAUUGCUUCUCCGCUUCACAGAUCAGAGUCCAACUCAUCUUCAGCACUUGAACAUCCUAUUCCAGGAAGCGUAUUCUCAGGUAUCAAAGGCAGGUGAUGAUGUCGCGGAUGCUCAGAAGAUCUUGCAAGAUGCUAGUAACAAUCUAAGUUGUGGGACACACCUUCUCCUCUUCCUGAUCCGGCAUCGGUUUGGACUAGAUGAAGACAGCUUCGAUGCUCUUGAAGGUUACCUGUCGCCUUUGGUCGAUGAAUGCUCAGAUCAGAGCUGGGAAGAGCGAACACUCUUCACCCUGACGUAUCUACUGAAUGGGACAUCGAUGACAGCAGUCAGAGAGGAGUUGCAAUGGGACCCAUCAACUUUGGAGCUAAAUCGAGACUCACCGGAAGUAUCAAAGCUUAAGAUGCUAAUCAGAGGACUAUGCGAGCAGAUUCACUUUAAAACACCGAAGCUUGGAGCAUCACACCUGUCAGAUAGCAGUGACCAUCUGCGGGUUGCUCAAGGCUCAAAAGGACACAGCAUUCUAGAUGUUGAAAAGGAGCCGCAGCAAGCAGUACAGCAGCUUUUGGUAAUGCCAGCAGACAGGUCAGGGAGCAAACCACAGACAAAUCCUGCGUUGGACACCAAGACUGCCAUGAUAGAGAGAGGCACAGAUGACGACGCGGACUUUGCUAUCGAAGACUAUGGCUGAGGCGAGAAACACAGCGGCAGAAACAACUGCUUGACAUCGAAUAAUCCAUCCAUCCAUCCACCCAUCCAUCCAAUCAGCCAAUCAGCCAAUGACCAAGCCUUAUAACCCCGUCUACUGCUCUUAUCAGGUAGCUUGAACACGCAGGGGUGUGGGCAUGGAUUCUGAACAGAAACCACAUCAUGCAUUGGCAACAAAGUGGGUGGAAGCAAACGUCCCUUGUACAGAUCAGCAUCUGAGCAACAAAAAAAAGAGAAAAGAAGAAGAAAGCACUAAGUUAGAUCAGUUGUUGUAUCACGUCUAUGAUUCUAUCUGAGGAAAAGGAUAGGCGAAAGUCUUGGGUCAUGCCAUUCAGUUGACUGUCUCAACAGAGUAGGAGAACAGUCAAGUGAAUGAACUCAACAGGCAGCA